CUGUUAGCACGACCGCAUUUUCAUACCGGUUAAGGUGAUUGCAACGUGCUCCUGUCUUGUCAGCCAUGGCUUCUGAAGAACCUAAAGCAAAGAAACUUAAACUUUCAGAGGAGGAGAAGAAGGAGUCUCCGACCAAACAGACUCCUGUCAAACUAAGCGCUAAUUCACUCUUUGGAAUGGGAAACCCCUUAUUGGACAUCUCUGCUGUUGUGGACAAAAACUUCUUGGACAAGUACACUCUGAAACCCAAUGACCAGAUCCUGGCAGAGGACAAACACAAAGCGCUAUUUGAUGAGCUGGUGAAGUUGAAAGUUGAGUACCACGCUGGAGGAGCCACACAGAACUCUAUAAAGAUCGCUCAGUGGAUGAUCCAAGAACCCCAUAAUGUGGGCACGUUUUUUGGCUGCAUUGGCAAAGACAAGUUCGGAGAGAUCCUGAAGCAGAAGGCUGAAGAGGCCCACAUCGACGCCCACUACUACGAGCAAGAUGAGGAGCCCACAGGGUCGUGCGCCGCUUGCAUCACCGGAGAUAACAGGUCUCUGGUAGCUAACCUAGCUGCUGCUAACUGUUAUAAGAAGGAUAAACAUCUAGACCUGGAAGAAAACUGGAAGCUGGUGGAAAAAGCUAAAGUCUUCUAUAUUGCUGGUUUCUUCCUGACUGUCUCCCUGGAGUCCAUCCUGAAAGUGGCGAAGCACGCAUCUGAAAAUAACAAGAUAUUUUGCCUGAACCUCUCUGCGCCAUUCAUCUGCCAGUUCUUCAAGGACAACCUCAUGCAGGUUAUGCCCUACGUUGAUGUGCUGUUUGGCAAUGAGACGGAGGCAGCUGCAUUUGCUAAAGAGCAAGACUUUGAGACCAAGGACAUUAAGGAAAUUGCCAAGAAAGCCCAGGCUCUUCCCAAAGACAACACAAAGAGACAGAGGAUUGUAGUGUUGACCCAAGGGAAGGAUCAAACCGUUUUGGCCUCAAGUGACAAGGUCGAGACCUUCCCUGUACUGAAGAUUGACUCCAAGGACAUCGUUGACACAAACGGUGCAGGUGAUGCCUUUGUAGGAGGUUUCCUGUCUGAGCUGGUCCAGGAGAAACCUCUGCAUCAGUGCGUGAAGGCCGCACACUACGCCGCCAACGUCAUCAUCAGACGAGCAGGUUGUACCUUCCCAGAAAAACCUGAUUUCAACUGACACACUUCCGGACAACUUUUCCUUCAGCCCGCGGCCUCAUGCUCACCCUGCCAUACACAACUCUGACACAUAAGCUCCACUAUUUUCUACAAAUACUACCCUCAGUUCCUGUAAUGGUUUUUUUUUUUUUUUUUCAGCCACCCGUCCGUUAUUUUUCAAUCCAUCCACACGUAAAUUCUCACCAAUUGUUGGUUUGGUGCCCUGUCUCUGUGUCCUCCACAUGGUGCCACUAGAGGAUCAUGGGCCAAUACAAGGAUUUAUUCAUACAUAAAUGACCAUAAAGGACUCACAAUUACACCACAGCACUGGAUAAUUUUGGAUCUAAUAGAGAAAUCAUGCUUUCGUAGACAGGUUUUUGGGAUUGUUUCUCAAUGUAUUUUGGCUCCGACACUGCCAGCAUUUGCCGCACUGAAACCGAUCACACUCUGCUCCGAAUUCUCAAGUUGACGUCUCACAAGUCUGUUUUUUUUUUGUUUUUUUUCCUCUUCCUCCUUGAGACAGAAUCAAAGCGCAAGAGGCUGAUUCCACAAUGGGAAGGACACAUUAUACACAAACAGAGGAAUAAAGAAUAGUGUCAAAGGAGGUUUUUGGAUACGGCGUUGAAAACGUGCAGUAGUGAUUUGUUUUAGAUUUUUUUAAGAUUAAUAAUUCCUAAAUAUGUGUUGUUUAGUUUUUAAUUUAACAGGCCAGUUAUUAAAAACCAAAUGUCUUUAUUUUAAGUGCACACUUUUAAAUGCGUUGAAGCCUUUGCCCACGAUGUCCUGUGAUCACUGAUAAACGUCACCUGCAAUGUGUCAUUGAUACCCAGAAGUUACCUUCAGUGUCAGGAUUGUGGAAGUUUGUAUUGUUCGGGCAGGUGCUUCUAAUAACGAGUGCCUUUUUUUUCCUUUCCGUGUGUGUAAAUGUUGCUAAGUUGAAGUCUUGAUGAGCAGAGGCCUACAUGUGAACCUGUAUUUGUCUGUGCAGGGAAACUUGCAGGCUAGACCCGUGAUGGGCAACUAGUGGCUUGUGUGGCUGAAAAUGGACAUGUUACAUCUUUAAAAUGCAUGUAAGGUAGCUGGCAUUGUUGGAAAGAGAUCAUUAUAUUCGAAUGUUCUCUGUCAGAGGAAUACAGUGGGCAUUAAAAUUGACCUGUCCUGUGUACUACCUGAAUUAGUGGCCUGGUGUUGUUUCUGGGUGUGUCUUGAUCUUUUGCAACGUCAUAGAAAAUGCAACCCAGCUUCAGCUCUGUCAGCUUUCCUAAAUCAGACUUGAAUGGAGUGGAAAUACAUCAUCAGAUUUUAAUAUUUUUGUUGCUGCUGUUACCUGCUGCAAAUGGCAAAUGAAUGAAUUUGGGUGGGAAUCAAGGAUGUGAGCUAAAUUCAGCCUUAGACUUUGAUGCGAGACCAAACAUUUCAAACAACCUGAGUUUUGUGAUAUGUUGUGGUCUGUGCAACACACAAACAUGAAUUCAAAUAUUCUGAAUAUAAACAUACUGUAAAAUGUCAUCAUAGAAAAGAAACCUGUGCAGUUGUCUGAAUACUACAAGAGAUGUUUUGAAACUUGUGUAUCUGCUAGAUGUAAAAUAAUGUGUAUUGUCCCUCCAGUUAAUAGGCUGCUUCUUUAUUUUUUCAAAUACACCAAAAAGCCUCAUGUGACCUUUUUAUUACUGGUCUCAGCAAAACUCAAGUUGCACAUCUGUGCUAGACCGUGAUGCCUAAAACUGACAAAUAAAACUUACAAGGUUGAUCUUA